AAACCCUUUGGAGCUGAAAAAUACUCAACUCGGAGAAGCAUCUGUUCUGUGUUCUUUUAGAUUCCUCCUCCCCCGCAACCGUGUGUGUGUGUGUGUGUGUGUGUGUGUGUGUGUGUGUGUGUGCGCGCGUGUGUGCGUGUGCAUAUGGGUGCAUGCGUAUGUGCUUGCGUGUGUGUGUGUGUGUGUGUGUGUGUGUGUGUGUGUGUGUGUGUGUGUGUAGGCGAUUGCGUGCGUGUGCCUGUGUUGUUUUAGUAACAGGCUCUCUUUCCACCUCAGUCAUUGGUUUGCUUUCAGAGCAGGGGCUUCUGAGUGCCUGCAGGAACAAUUACUUCCAAAUGACCUCCUGCAUCUUAGCGGGGAGCCUUGAGACCACACCCAAGGUCUCUCCUGGAGAUCCUGAAGCCAAACCUCUGAUCUUCACAUUUGUCCCCACUCUCAGAAGACUACCAACCCACAUUCAGUUGGCUGACACUUCCAAAUUUCUCGUUAAAAUUCCCGAGGAACCAACUGAUAAGAGUCCAGAAACUGUAAAUAGGUUUGAGUACAGUGAUCAUAUGACCUUCAGCUCUGAGAGCAAACAAGAGAGGGUCCAGAGGAUACUGGAUUAUCCGUCAGAGGUCAGUGGGAGGAAUUCACAACAAAAGGAAUUCAAUACAAAGGAACCUCAAGGAAUGCAGAAAGGUGAUCUCUUCAAAGCAGAAUAUGUUUUUAUUGUGGAUUCUGAUGGGGAAGAUGAAGCUACAUGCAGACAAGGUGAACAAGGCCCCCCAGGGGGACCAGGCAACAUAGCUACUCGGCCCAAGUCUCUGGCUAUUUCUUCUAGUCUGGCUUCUGACGUGGUGCGUCCCAAAGUACGAGGGGCUGAUCUCAAGACCUCAUCACAUCCUGAAAUUCCUCAUGGGAUAGCCCCUCAGCAAAAGCAUGGGCUGCUAAUCUCUCCCACUACCUCUGAGCAGCUCGCUCAUAAACCACCUGCUUUCUCCUUUGUUUCUCCAACUAAUCAGAAAACACCACCUGUCCCAGCUAACGUCAGCGGAGCGACUGUGCUACGGGAGUUUCACACUCGCAGGCUGGAUGUCACUGGGGCCUCUGAGGAAGAAACAACUACGUAUUUUCACAGUACUGCUCAUGAUUCUCCCCUUUCUGCAUGGAAGGGCGCUUCGACGUUAGUAGUCUCUCCUUCCGCUCAACUGUCAGGUUCUAGUUUAUGUGGCUCAAAUGUCACUGAUCACACACGUGGGCUGGCAUCGGAAGCCCAGAAGAAAAUGUCCACUUCGAAUGUCCUUAAUCCCAAGGAAGAUGUGAGAACCUGUCCUGCGCCUGCCUCUGGUGCUUCUCUGACAUCACCCUCAGCUUCCUACAUACCAGUCCGUAUUGUCAUGCACUCACUGUCCCCAAGUCCCAAACCACUUACCUCCUCUUCCCAUGGCUCUUUGUCUACUGUCUGUAGCCAAAUGUCAUCCAGUGGAAGUCUUUCAAAGUCAGGGCUGAAGUCCCCAGUACCCUCUCGGCUUUCUCUCCUCACCGCUAUCCUCAAGUCAAACCCUUCUCACCAAAGGCCUUUAUCCCCUGCAUCCUGCCCGACCUUCUCCCUUAAUUCCCUGGCUUCUUCUACUCUUGCACUUGAUCAAAAAGUAAAGCAAACUCCACCCACAUCUAAGAAAUCUCUCUCAAGUGGCUCCUUGACAACGGGGUCUACAGAGCAAGAACACCAGGCUUCUGCAGCGAGCUACCAACCCUGCCACCUCCCUUUCUUUUCCAAGACUACCCCACUUUCUCAGGCACAACCCCUCUCUCCACUAGCACUGGCCAGUAACAGUUGUGCUUCUAUGGAUAUAGAGAAAAUACCAGGAAGCACACUAAGGAGCAACACAACCUCACCCCAACCACAGACUGAUACAUUCAGUCUUGCUGAUGUCCCUUCUGUCACACCAGUCUUGUCCCCUCUUUCCUCUUCCAAGGGCAGAAAGGAUGGUGACUCCAGGACUCCAGAAAAGAACAGGAAUAUUUGCAUACAGCCUUCUACCUUAGCUUCGACACCACCUGUUGAUGAGAGCUUGGCCCUUUCCUCUUCCGGGAAAGGUUUCCACCCUUCCCCGGCCCUCUCAGACCUGAUAGACAGAUCCAAAAGAGCGUGCUCCCAACAACACCCAGGCCAGCGGCCAAGCCCUUCAGCUCUUCCGACUCCUCCAGUCUCCAGGGCUGCCUCUGCUUCUCAUCCCCAUUUGGGGUGCUCUAUUCUCCCUCUUCAGAGUUCACUCACCCAGACACUUCAGCCUAGUCCUUCAGCACUGCGCCCAAGUUGUGGGAGUGCUACAUGUCCUUCAAGAACUCAGAUGCCUGAAAAUACGGCAUCCAACCACAGCUCACGUGUUUCAACUCCAUCACUUCCUGUCUCUCUAACAAGAACCAAGGAGCUGUUCUCGCCUUGUGCCCUGUCCAUGUCAGCAGGCCCUGAAAAUAAGAAGCCCAAGCAAUACAAGACCAUGUCAAGCUACAAGGCUUUUGCAGCAAUCCCUACAAACACAUUGCUCUUGGAACAGAAGGCACUAGAUGAACCAGCCAGGACUGAAAGCAACUCCAAGGCCAGCGUGUUAGACCUACCAGUGGAGUUUUGUUUCCCUGCACAGCUCAGGCAGCAAACUGAAGAGCUCUGUGCUACCAUUGAUAAGGUCUUGCAGGACUCCUUGUCUAUGCAUUCUUCUGAUUCUCCUUCACGGCCCCCACAGACAAUGUUGGGUUCUGAAACAAUCAAAACUCCUACAACUCAUCCAAGAGCAGCUGGUCGAGAAACCAAAUACGCAAAUCUUUCUUCAUCAUCCUCAACAGCGUCUGAGAGCCAACUGACUAAGCCUGGAGUAAUUCGUCCAGUACCUGUAAAAUCCAAACUACUCCUGAGAAAGGAUGAAGAAGUUUAUGAGCCCAACCCUUUCAGUAAAUACCUUGAAGACAACAGUGGCCUGUUUUCUGAGCAGGAUAUGGCCAUCCCUCACAAGCCUGUCUCUCUCCAUCCUUUAUAUCAGUCUAAACUCUACCCUCCUGCUAAGUCCCUGCUACAUCCACAGACCCUCUCUCAUGCUGACUGUCUUACCCCAGGAUCCUUCAGUCAUUUGUCUUCCUUCUCAGUGAGGGAUGAACAGGAGAAAUCCCCCACUCUUCUUAGUCAGGACACAUACAAUAAGCUGGGCAUCUUUUCUGUGAAGCUGGGUCAUCCCAUGGUGACAAUACCUGAACAUGACACUCUUGACUCUAAAGAGUAAGGAAGCUGGAGUGGAAGUGGACACCGGUCUGCUGAAGAGUUUUGGAAUGAUGCCAUGGCCAACUACUUGCUAAACUUACCUGAUGCUUUGUUAGAAGGAGUGCUCUGCUCAGUCCAGCAGAAGCACCUGAAUGGUUUGCCACAGCCACAUAGCAUUACCACACUCUGGGAAACCCAGAGCAGGAUCAUAGCCCUUCUGUUUCUUGCAUUGCCGUUCAAGCCUAUAAUGCCUUCUAUUAAGUCAACAGCAAUACUAAUGUUCCCCUAUAUUUAGCAGUCAAAUAAAGAAGAAUGAUAGCUGAAUACAA